AGAAAUGUUGAGCAAUCGAGGAUAUUGAACUCAAACGUAGAGUUGUUAUGAAAAUUUUAAUUAUUUGGAAUCACUUUUAAUUACUCCAUAAAUUGUUUAUUGAAUUUAAUUAGUUUUUUCUAUUGUAAUAUGAAUUUCUAGAAAUGUCUUCAUGAAUCUAACCUUCAAAUUGUUAACAUGUUAUCAAAUAUUUGCUCACAUUUAUUUAAAAGGUUCAAAGUGGAAGGAUUUAGUCCAGGUCCAGUAAUAACGAACUAUGCAAUUGAUUUCACAAAUGAUAGAAUAAAAUUAAGUUUACCAAAAGAUUUUAUAUCCAAUAAGAAAUUAGAACUAGAUAGCAUAAAAAAUUUUAAAUCCGACAAUAUAAUACAAAACAUAGAAAUUAAAUCAAAAGAUUUCGUACUUGAAGUAAACAAAAACAUAUUUAUCGAAGAUGUAUUAAAAGUACCAAAUUUGAAAGAAAUUCUACGAUACAAUGAAAAAUUAGUUGUUGACUUCAGUUCACCAAAUAUUGCAAAACCAUUCCAUCUUGGAAAUUUGCGAUCAACAAUAAUUGGAAAUUUUAUUUCAAAUUUAAACACUUAUUUAGGAAAUUCAGUCACACGAUUAAAUUAUUUAGGCGAUUGGGGUACACAAUUUGGAUUUUUAAAUGUUGGCUUAGAUAUUUUAAACUUACAAAAUGAGGAACUUGCAAAGGAUCCCAUAAAUUUACUUUAUAAGGCGUAUGUAACAGCUCAUAAUUUAUCUAAAACAAAUCCAGAAAUUGUUGAUAAAGCACGAAAUAUAUUUUCUGAUUUAGAAAAUGGGAAAGAUUUGGAACGAUGGAAAUUAUUAAAAGAAUUUACUACGAAUGAAUUAGAACUUACAUACAAUCGAUUAGGGGUUAAAUUUGAUCAUUAUGACUGGGAAUCGAUGUAUGGCUCCCAAAAGUUUCAAACCGUUGUCGAUGUAUUAAAGACGAACGAUUUAUUAAAAACAGAUUAUCAAGGGAGGCAAAUAAUUGAGUUUGGUGAUCGAAAUAUUCCAAUUUUGAAAAGUGAUCAAUCAUCGCUGUAUAUUUCACGAGACAUUUUAGCAGCGAUUGAUCGUUAUGAAAGAUUCAAAUUUGAUCGAAUGUUGUAUGUAGUUGAUAAUUCUCAAACAGAUCAUUUUGAUUCGUUAAAAUUUAUUAUAAAACAAAUGAAUUUUGAUUGGUUUGAUAGGAUAGGUCAUGUAAAAUUUGGGCGAGUACGUGGAAUGAGUACACGCAAGGGUUCAGCUGUUUUUUUAAAUGAUAUUUUGGAUGAAGCUAAAGAUUUAAUGUUAAAGAAGCAAAUUGAAUCAUCGACUACAAAAGUAUCGAUAAAUAAUUCAGAAAUUACCGAUAGCUUAGGAAUUAGUUGCGUGAUUAUUAAUGAUUUAAAACAAAGGCGACAAAGAGAUUAUGAAUUUAAUUGGGAAAAAGUGCUACAGGUCAAAGGUGAUUCUGGAUCAAAAUUACAGUACACUCAUUGUCGCUUAUAUAGUUUACUAAAUAAUAACUCCAAUAUCAAAUUACCAGAAAAAUGUGAUCCAGAAAUUUUAUCAUCCAACAUUGAAGCACUUAAUUUAAUUAUUCAUUUAUCAAAAUUUUAUUCAAUAUUACAUAAAUCGCAUUUGGAAAUGGAAGCUUGUAUUUUAGUCAAUUAUUUAUUUAUUUUAUGUAAUUUAAUAAGUCGAGCACUUAAAGUACUUCGGGUGAAAAAUGAGCAACCUUCGAUUGCAUCACAAAGACUGCUUUUAUUUUAUAUUUCUAAGCAUGUAUUAUACGAUGGAAUGGUAAUUCUAGGUUUGAAACCUUUAAAUGAAAUGUAAUAUUUUAAUAAAUUUUAUU